AUGGGAGGGUUUCCUAUCGGGUCCAAAGAGGACGUGAACAGCUCGCGGCUAAGAGCAGAGGAUGCUCCAAUAGGGCAAUGGGAAGCGCCUGAGUCACUGAGGGCCUCUUUGAUUCCCAGGGCCCCAUCACUGAAGAGGAAAAAAGGAGAGAGUGGCUCAUUAACGGUCCCAGCCAGGGGUCAGGGAGGACGACCUGUCACGUGGAACCUCCCCGAGGACCUGGAGCCGGUGGGUCCCCAGCAGCGCUCUGGGACUGCGGCCGCCACAUGGUCAGACAGAGCGCUGACCCGGUCUGGACCACAUCGGCCGGUUCUGGGAGUCAUCCGCCUGCAUGCUGGUGAGUGGGCCGGCAGCGUUUCAGGACAUGCUGAGACCAGCUUCCCGGCGGGGGUUCAGGAGGCAGGGACACUGCCUCCCCGGGGCCCCGCCACACGCCUCUGGGCACCUCCCCAGGGGCACCGGGCCGGGCUCUGGGAGGCCCUGCCGGUUUGCUCGGCCCAUGGUACCUCUGAGCCAGCCCAGCCAACCGGGAAAGCCUCUCAGGGCACUGGGAUUAGAAGAGUGCACGCCGCCUCCUGCCCCCACCGCCAGGCUGGGAGUCCCAAUUUACAGGUCCUCUGUACGCCCCAUGCACAGAGAAGGAAAUCAAGGCGCCUGAGGGCAGGCGGCCCGGCCCCGCCCAGCUCCCGCCAAGCCUGCUGGUUCUGCCUUGUGUCGUGUACACCACUGAUCUACAGGAAGAGACAGAGAAAUACGUGCAGAGGGCAGAGGGUGCUGUGCUACCUCCAGGCCUGCCUCGUAUUCACAGACGGCACCGAAAAGUCACCCGACCCCGCGCUGCCCACUAGCUGGCUCUUCUCUAGCCACUCCGAGUGCUGUGGGUGCCCCAAGCUAGCUCUGCUGUCCCUGCCCACCUGCCCCCGGCCCCUGCCACCCCUGCACACCGUGAGGAGGCUGUGGCCGCUCUGCCGAGCUGCAUCCUCCCCAAGGCAGGGUGGGCGCGUUAUCACGCAGCCCCGAUCCAGGCUCGCCCGCCGCUGUCCCCUGAGUGACAGGGCUGCCCUUUGUGGUGGGGGAGAUUAGAGGUGGGCUGGAGGCUGUGCGGCCCUCGCCGGGAUGACAGGAGACGUCAGCCUGUGCGCUGCGGAGCCUGGAGCGAGCGGAGGCCUGACAGCCCUGGAGGGAAUCCAAGGGGGGACGGUGCCCGCGCACAAAGGCCCGGCCUGUCUCACACCUGCGGGGACAGCGCAGCCCAGGGCCCGGAGCGGCGGGGCCGAGGGGGGAUGAAUAAUUCUCCCUGAAAGAAGCAUGUCACCAGGAGAUAGCUCAGCCAGACACUUCAAAUAAAGGCAAGCAGCCGCGGUGACAGGGGACAUUCUUUGCCACCGAUGUGCUGCUGGGACCUAAGUGCUGAGAUGUCGUGAAA